ACAACUUUAGAAAUUGAAAGACACGUGAACAUCGAUAGGAGCUUCUUUUGUUACCAUGUGUCGAGACGAAUUUCGUUUGAAACAUUUCGAGUUGUGGCAUUCUUUCCACCGCGAUUUCACUGACUCCAAGGUAAAGUCGCAAUGUAGAUUUAUUUGUUUCACUUUAAAUGUACAGUCCGCUAGUUUGCAAUUUACAGGUUACCUGUUAAAAUAUGAUAUUUAUACCUGCAGCGAUUUAUUGAUCGUAGGGUUAACAUGUAUGUUCAUGAAAACAUGAUUCCUGUCCGGCUUUCGACCCCGGGGGGGGCACUCCCAUACAUUACCUAUACGGGUAUGUGCCGCCCAACGGGGUCGUGAUUUUGAAGCUGCUGGUUUAGAACGGGGUAUCCAUUUCAGAGGCGAUUUCUAGAAAGGGGUAUAAUAUUUCGAACGCACGAAAGCUCCACUUUUGUAAGCAGCCAUUUGAAAUUAUUCAAGGACAGAUUGCUUUUAAAAAUACGGUUCAAUGCGUUAACAAGCAAACUGUCAUACUCUUGUUGCACCCUGGAACGGAGUAUAAAAAAUUGGCCCAUUUCUAGAACGGGGUAUCAGUUUUAAAGCGAAUUCUAAAACGGGGUAUUAAAAAAUUGGCCCAUUUCUAGAACGGGGUAUCAAUUUCAGGAGAAAUUUUUUUUAGAACGGGGUGCCAAUUUGGAGUCCCGGGCGGCACAUACCCACCCGAAAAAUACCCAAGUGCCCCCCCCGGGCUUUCGACCCUAUUUCGUCCGGGCACAUCUUCUAAUUUCCUUUGCGUUUAUAUAACCUACACUCUAGUAUUCUAUGUUGUAUGAAAAAUAGAGAUCGGACAUAGCGAGUGAGUAUGAAGGAGUGCGCACUCUGCAGAGUGGUAAUUAUCCCGUCUUGCUAAAACGAAUUAUUGUCUGUUAUCUGUAUUGCUUUGCUUUUUUAACGCAUUUGAGAUUGUUAAUCUGAUUCCCUUUUGAACUCUUCAAACUACUUAACGCCCUAUGGCCGCGGCCUAUGGCCCCGGGGGGGGCACUUUAGGAAUUUCUGGGUGGGGAUGUGCCGCUGGGACCCUGGGACCCUUAACCUAUACCAGAGCUAGUUCAGCUGAAUUUUGCUACCCUAUACUAGAGUAAACUCCCCAAAUCCCCUAUCCAAGAGUAGCUGUUUCCCUUGUCUAGAUAAAAUCUUCAACCAACUGAUCAGUUUCCUGAAAAAUGAUACCCUAUUCUAGACCCAAACGCUCUGAUUUAUAUACCCUAUCCUAGAGUAAACUGCUUGAAAACCAUACCCUUCACAGCGGCACAUACCUAUAUAGCCCAUAUAUGGCAGUACCCCCCCCCCCCGGGCCUAUGGCCUCAAGUAAUUCUAUGAACUUAGUCUUUAAAAGCCUACAUGAGGUAAAUUCUGCAACAUGUUCUGAACAUGCAUUAUUGUUGUUGAUCAUUUGCAGCAAGCAUUACUUUGUUCCCGUUAUAAAUAUUUAUCUCUGCAUGCAUCUCCAAAUCCACGUUUUGAUUCCAAUCAAAUUUGGUCAUUUGCUCCCUUAAUAAGCUGGUUAGAUGUUAUUCUUUGGACAGACCUUUGUACACUCAUCUGCUCAUACGUUGCUGGUUGUAAUUUUAGAAAGACUCAAGUUUUUUUGCGAAUUAUCUGUCAGGGAGCCGUUUUCAUCCUUGGACGGUCUCGUCGAAUGGAAUUUGAAUAAGAAAGAAUGGCAAUAUCGGGCGUGGAAUUUUAUUAAAAGGACUUUUUUAAAGUGCUGCACUUUGUUGACGGGUGGCAAAAAAGCCCCUCCAGAUCGGCCUGAGUACAAAAACAGCUUUCUGGAUCAGACUCAGUCCCCGCGUUCUAGUGGCGUAAGGAUAAGAAACGUUGAGCUCUAUUUCGAUAUAAACUUUUCCUUGUGUAGUGACAAUUAGUGACAAAGUAUCGAUGCGUAAAUAGUGGAUCCACGCAUAAAUUAAAUGUGGAGUGAAUAUAUGAAUAAAUAAUUUCUGGGAGUUUAAUAAGUAUUUGUGGUAAGUACAAAGACUGAAACAAACAACAUCGAGAUAACUCAAACAAGUAAGCAAGUAAAUAAAUGAAUUAGAAAAAACAAAUGAUCAUGCAAAUCAUCCCUUUGAUUAACAGCCUGCAGAACAAUCGUUAUUUUUUCGCGUUUUUCAAGCGAGAAACAGUCAAGCGGAGCGCGAGACACGCGCCUUCACCUAUCGUGCGUGUACGCGCUUGCCUUCGCCCGCCUGAAACAGGCGAAAAAAUAAUGUCUGUUAUGUAGGCUAAUUGAAAACGAGAUCCUCGCGUGACCAGUAGGUCAACAACGAUUUCGUAGGUACGUGUUCGGUUCUUGUGUUCUCUUGUUAAGCUUUUUUUUCCAAUUCCAAUAUCGAUCACUGGAAUUUUUAAGCCAUUUCAAUAUCGUCUUCAUAUUAAAUCACCAUAUUACUGAACACCAUCAUAAUUAUUAGUACAGUUUCUGGGGGCUACUUAAUUAGAAAAGGCUCUAUUUUUGUUAUGCUUAUCACAAAUGAAACUUUUCAGCUCACUAAUCACGGUAGUGUCUCUGAGUAUUUUUUUCCCCUUGCAACGCGCUUUACGGUUAAAAAGAUGGUUACUUGAGUUUAUUUUCAUUUUUAUGUUAACUUUCGCAUCCCGGCACAAACGUUUACAAUUUAAAGAGCUUUCAUCUGUUACGGCAACGAAAAUGUCAUUUAUAGCGUGAAUUUGCGCCCCUUCCAAACUUUUUCGCAAUUUUUCCAACUCGCUUGAUCAAUCAAAUGUUGGUGAAGACUCACCAGGAGUUGAAGUUUUAGAGACCGUAUAUCUAAGUUCAGCAACAGAAAGAAAAAUCGGUCGUUGUUUUCAUGUCGUCCGUCCAUAAAAUGUGAAAUCGUCGUAGUCUCACAGUGACGACAAUCCUUUUAAUAUUUGUAACUCGCCAGGUAUAUUAUUGUUUCGUCUCUCUAGUAAACGGUAAAUAGUAUUUCUCAGGAGCUCCGCUUUUAGGCUUGAGAAAAAAAGGUUUGGCCCAUGAACUAGUAAGUAAACACUUAAAGAGUACCUUAACUAUCGCUGUUUGCAAGAUGUCGCGUUUAUUCGAGUCCGGUUGGGGGCUCAACGUUAUUUAUUUAUGUAUUUAUUUACUCGUCCCACGCUCACCAGGUGACAUGAAGAAUGUUAAGUCAAUUUUUUCCAUCUUUGAUUUCCUUUCUGUAGUGGCUUCCCCCACCAGUUUUUAUCGUUUAUCGCCUCAUAGUCCUCGCUUACAACUUGGCAUGGCUCGUCUACAACAUGUACUCCGCGGGUGGAAAACUUUUCAUUUACCUUACAAACUGGACCUUUGCCAUACUGAAUAUAUAUUUCAUUGUGGCAACAACUCUGUCCUGUAUUGCCUUUUACAUCGACUCGAAAAAGCAAAUGGAGGGAAGCACAGAGAAACCUGGGGUUGAGAUCUUAAUGGGUUCUGAAGACGAACUUGACGAGCCAGAAAAAAGCGCGCGAGAGAAGUACACUCUCCGCUGGGAACACAAGACGCUAUGGCUACUUCAUAUUAUCUCUGCCACUGGAGGAUUAUGGAUAACCGCAGGGUACUGGACCGUACUUGUGGGUGAUGAUGUAAUCGAUGCUAACAACAUUACAAAGCAUUUACUUAACUCUGUAUUCAUGUUGAUCGACACGUGCUUAAGCUGCAUCCCAGUGCGACUGGUCCAUUGGCUGUAUGCCCUUCUGUACUUCGCUGUGUACAUCGCCUUCUCUCUCAUCUACUGGCAGUUGGGUGGCACCAACAUCGAAGGAAAGCCUUACAUCUAUAAAGCCCUGGAUUACAACGAUUUCUCCCCAAUAUUUGGAGGCCUCUUAGUAGUUUUCCUGCUCGUUGUUUUGCCUUUCUUGCAUUUGUUUUUGCUUGGCCUCACCAAGCUACGAGAUUACAUUCACAAAAAGCCUGAUAACGACAAGAGCAUAUAAGGUCGAUUCCCAAAUAUAUAAUUUAUUCAUAAAGUACACACAAAGUAGUUCAAUGUAACAAACCUUACUUUACAACUGAAAAUUUCUCCAAAGAUUAUUGGUGAAUAAAAAGCUGUAUCAAGCAUUUUAAAGCGUAAGUUGGGU